GAUCCUUUCCAACCCAACCCAUUCUAUGAUUCUGUGAACAUAGGCCAACACACACACAAAAUGCCACAUGAAGCACACUGACAUACCGCACUCCCACUCUCCUUGCCUUCACUGCCUGUGACAUGGAAAUCAGCCCUAAGUUGUGUCAGCAGGUCCCUGAGGGCCACUGUGCCCAGUCUGGAUAUCUUGGUUUCCAAAGGCAGCUUGGAAUACACUCAGUUUGCUGUCCCUUGUGUUAGCUUGGAGUGUGUCAUUGUGGUUUCUCACAGGGAGUGGGCUAUCGGAGUGGAGGUUUACUUUCUUCUCCACCUGAGAGCAUCCACGUGAGACUUCUGCACUGUAAGACUAUCUUUAAAAUACAGUCUGAGGUGCAAAAAAUCAAAGUACUCUGAUUAUGGUUGGUUCUUGAGAUGUUUUUCAUUUUGAAGCUGGAAGCCUGACUAUUCUGAGGGAGAAAGAGGAAGAUCCACUGAGGAAAUCCUUGCCUUUGAUGUAAAAACAUAAUUUUUGUAUAAUGUCAUCUCUGUGAGAAAGCUAAAAAUUAGUGGCAUCUCCCAAAAACCAUACUAAUAAUCUUUGCUGUGUCCAUAGGUCUGUAAUUCCAGAGCUCUGCUACCAAAACUAAUGAUGCUGUGGUAGAACCGUAAAUGGGAGCAGCUUUCUUUGUCUGUGCCCUCAAGUCAGAGGGAGAUGAAAGGCCACAUUAUCUAGUUUUUAGCUUUGUGGCUCGUUGUUUCUCUCUUGGUAUAUUUGUAGCACUGUCCCGGAUGGAUAGCUUCUUUGUUACCAUGUUUCCUGCUGGCUUUGUAGGUUCCCGGUGGCGAAGAACAAGUUCUUGAUGGUGCAGCAGCAGCUGGACCUCCCCAAAGCCUUACCAGUACAUGGUUCUGAAGCCACAGAAACAUCACUUAUGUCCUGUUGUUUUCCUUUCAGGAAUCGUCACCCAUCACUAUGAGAAGCAGCAUGCUGUGAACUUGCUUCUAGCUUUCUGCCUCAUCAGCUGUCCCCAAACAGCUGUGCUCUGAGCUUGCCUUUGGGGAUAUGGCCUUCAGCAGCUGGAAGCAGCUGCUGCUGUUGGGCAAGGCCUGCAGGAGGGGAGGCCCCGCUCUGCGCUGGAAGCGCUGCUGCCACUGGAGUGCUGGCAAGUCGCUGGACCCUGAGGUGAGAGCAUUUUUGGAAGAGAACACGGAGGUGACCAGCAGUGGGCACCUGACACCAGAGAUCCGGCUGCGCCUCCUCACCCCUCGCUGCAGGUUCUGGAGGGAAAAGCCUGACCUGUGGCCAUAUGGGGAUCCGUUCUGGGCAAUUUACUGGCCAGGAGGCCAAGCCCUGUCCAGGUACAUUUUGGACAAUCCAUGUGUUGUCAAAGGGCGAUCUGUUUUGGAUCUUGGAAGUGGAUGCGGAGCAACAGCAAUAGCUGCUGUGAUGAGUGGUGCAUCUCAAGUCCUUGCUAACGACAUUGACCCCAUUGCAGGAAUGGCAAUGAGUUUGAACUGUGAACUGAACCACGUUACUCCCUUUCCCAUCACCAUUAAGAAUAUCAUUAACUCAGAAGCUGGCAAGUGGGACCUCAUUGUUCUAGGAGAUAUGUUUUACGAUGAACAACUUGCUGAUGAUCUUCAUCACUGGCUGAGGAAAUGCAUCAGGAUACAUGAAACCGAAGUGCUGAUCGGUGACCCUGGCAGGCAUCAGUUUUUAAGCCACAGCAUUCACAAUCAGUUGCGUAAAGUUAUAGAAUAUUCACUUCCUGAGUAUACUAGACAAGAAAACAAUGGAUUAACAUCAAGUAUUGUCUGGAGUUAUCAGCCCUCAAAUAGCUUAGAAAGCUGUUAAAAGUGGCUCUCUAAUGAACUUUGUCUCCCGUGGCUGUUUUCUGAGUAUAUAAAAUGAAAAUGGGAAUUGAACAUGGAACACAUCUGUUGAUACAAAGUAGGAUGUUCCUUCACCAUACUUAUUUCAGUCAUGUUCAUUGAGGCUUUGGCUCUGUUCCAGGUAAAACUACACGCAAACUUUAUUCAGCAAGGCAUGCUGAAGUGCAAAUCCAAAGAUAAUUACACUUUGGAGUUUGCAUGCUUGAUGUUUUAAUCUGUGUUAAUCUCACUCUUUGACACCAUUGUGAAACAUUUUAGAUAUCCAGUAUACCCCGUGGAGAGAGAGGAGGGUGGCUGAGAGAUUACUGUGCUGCUUUCACACAGUUCUGCAGCUUAUUUACAGAAAGAUGUGAAGAUGAAAAAUGUAAAGAUGUAGAUUAUUAUGUUAUAUUUACUUCCAAGUGCCUUACUUUUUUUGUUGUUGUUGUUGUUGUUAAUUUCUUCUGAAUGUCCAAGUGACUAAUUUGAGGCUCCCCCUUCCCUCUAAAAUAAAAAAAAUAAAUGCUGCUUACCUUGAAGCUGUCAAGAAUGAUUAUUUAGGAAGUUGCAACUGAAUCUAAAACAUACUGCUUGUGCUGUAGCCAAAGUGUUUAAUGACUAGACAGUCAUAGAAUAACAAUCCUUUAAAGAGAACAUUUGAGCACAUCUAUGUUCUCUAACACUGCAAGCAUAAAAAAAAGAUAGUUGACUGUGAUGGGAAACAGAAUCACAGACAGGCUGAGGCAGGAAGGGGUCUCUGGAAGUCAUCGGGUCAAACCUCCUGCUCAUUAGGGACACCCAGAGCAGUAUGCUCAGAGGACUGUCCAGGCAGCUUCUAGAGAUCUCCAGGGAGGAGAUUCUACAACCUCUCUGGCAGCCUUGUGCCAGCACUCUGUUACCUGUACAGUAAAGAAGUGUGUCCUGAUGUUCAGAUGUAACUUCAAAGCAAACAACGAUCAUGUUUUGCAGCUAACUACAAAAUAAGCAGCGGUAGGGAGCUAAACACCAAAGAAGGGAAGACGAUGCACCCACAACUAUCCAAACCCCCACAUGAUGUGGUAGAAGCUUAUAACUAUGAAAAAGUGCGUGGCACUCAGAAAGAGAGACUGCUUACAAAGUAGGAAAUGAACACUCAUACAAAUAUGACAUUCGUACAUCAUAAAAUGUAUCUUAACACGUUUUCAGAAAUAUCCGAACAGAAGACUUACUGGCUUUAAUAUUCAAAGCAAUAUACAAAUAUUUAGCAGUGCUCACCCAAGAAUCUACAACAGUAAC